UUCUCCGCACCAGAACUACGACUGCCCAUUGUCGCCGUUUCGACAGGGUUCGUGCUUGUCUGAGUAGAAUAUAAAUUGGAUUGCGAGCACCGUGAAGUUCGAACUGAUUCACCAUCAAGUUGACAAGAAUCUAAACUUUCGUUUGAUGCGUCGAGCGUCAAAUUCUGUCCAUGUUUGAGGGCUUGGAGUUCAGAACAGUGCGUGCGGUGUUGGAAUAGUGAGUUGAGUGAGCUCGGGAUUUUGGGUUUUGAGGGGGAUCGAUGCGGGAGAUAGUGGCAAUGGGAGGAGCUAUGGAAGCUUUGAUUCCGGCUCCGGAUGCGCACUUUGGGAUGAUCGCCUCCCUCCAACCCAUGAAGACUGUGGUCAGGAGUUCUGAGCCGCCUGGUUUGCGACUGAGCGAGAGCACUGUUGCAUUGGAUUUUUGUGGAGGUUUUCGGAAGCAGCGGAGGCAGAUGUUUUUGAGAAGUCAUGUUAGGGUUGGGAGACGUGGGUACGAGAGCCAGCGCAGUGCGGUGGAUGUGAGUGCUAUAGAUGCCGCCCAGCCAUUUGAUGAUGGGUCCAAGAGGUCGCUGGAACUGCAGAGUGGUAGUAAGCUGAGAGUUGGGAUUGUGGGGUUCGGGAAUUAUGGUCAGUUUCUUGCGAUCAGGAUCCUGAAGCAAGGGCACAAGGUUUUGGCCUAUUCCAGAGGAGAUUACAGUGAGAAAGCGCGGAAAUUAGGUGUGGCAUUUUUCAGAGCUGGGGCUGGCAUGGUGCGUAUGAUGACUAUUAAGAACAUUAAUGACGGCUUUUCAAUCCUCAGGGAUGCGGACGAUUUUUGUGAGGAGCAUCCGGAGGUGGUUCUUUUGUGCACCUCCAUAUUGUCAACUGAGGCUGUUUUACUGUCUCUUCCUCUGCAACGGCUCGAGAGCAGCACCCUGUUUGUUGAUGUGCUUUCUGUGAAGGAAUUUCCGAAGAACCUUUUUCUUCAGGUGUUGCCCCCCGAGUUUGAUGUGCUCUGCACCCAUCCCAUGUUUGGCCCCAAGAGUGGCAAGGGAAGUUGGGCUGGAUUGCCUUUUGUUUAUGAUAAGGUUCGCAUAAGCAAAGGCUGGCGAUCAAGAGCCGCUGACAUGUUCCUAGACAUCUUUGUGAGUGAGGGUUGUCGCAUGGUGGAGAUGUCGUGUGCAGAGCAUGAUCGAUUUGCGGCAGGUAGCCAGUUCAUUACUCACACUGUUGGCAGAGUAUUAGGAAAGCUUGGGUUAGAAUCAACACCAAUCAACACCAAGGGAUAUGAAACACUACUCGGACUUGUACAGAACACGUCCGGCGAUAGCUUCGAACUCUACUGUGGGCUGUUUAUGUACAACCCGAAUGCCAUUGAGGAGCUGGAGCGCCUGGAGGCAGCUUUUGACUCCAUAAAGAGGCAACUCUUUGGCCAACUUCAUGAUGUUUUGAGGAAACUGCUUUUUGGUGAAGUAGAUAUUGCGAAAAGAAAUCUCUUACAACGCCCUGCUGAAUCAUUACAGAAUGGAAGCUCGCACCCCGGAGCAUCUUCAAAUGGUGGUUCCAGAAUCGUCUGCAACACGGACAUUGUGCCCCCUAUUUUUGAAUCAGUCGUGGGCAAGUCCAUCGAAUUGGACAAAGAGCCUGAAGCAGUAAGAAUGGAUAGACGAAAUAAGUAAAGAAUACGAGAAACGUGCUUAUGAGAGAUGUCUUCGUUGCCACUUGACUUCGGCAGUCAUGACGCUUCUGUGGGUCUCAAACUCUGCAGCAGUGGGACAACUUCCCAUCAGGAUCAAUUUGAGCAGCUUAUCUUCUCAAUAAGCUAGCAUUGCUCAAUAAGCUGACUGAGUGAAGUUAUUUUGUUGUUGAGUAAAUGCAGAAAUUUUAAUCCUGAAUCAGGUCAGUGAUGAUAACUCGCACUUAUUUUUCCGUUCAAUUUUAAAAUGUCACUCACUCUAUUUCUUUUAUGUAGGAUUCUAAUCUCUUGAGACAAUAGAUUGAGCAUUCCUAUACUUCAAUGACACACCCAACUAGGUGAAAAUGACAUUGACAACAACACCAUUCAAAUAAGAAACAAGAUAUUUUGGUAUACGUUUUUUAAAAUAAACAGUUUUGAAAAAAAAAUAAAAAAAUAAAAAUAAAAUUGCUUUUA